UUUUUCCUACUUUAUUUGUUUCUCCCCCUUUUCUUCCAAAAACCCUAAAAUUCAUUUCUCAUCUAAAAAAUCUGUAAUCAAAAAUAUUAAUUUCUAAUAUUUUCACUGUAAUUUUUUUGUACCCUGGUGAAAUUUUUUUCUGUCUCAGAAUCAUGUCAUCAUUGAAGCAGCUCUGUACAACCUCUGCAAUGGCGGAAGUUUCAGUCACAGAAACCCUGUAAUCUGCCAUUUUGUUAAUUAUUUUGUUUCUGAUACUUGAAGCUGUUUCAUACAAGCUCUGAUUUUAUUUUAAGUGUUGUAAUUCGAGUUCUGGAACUAGAAUUUUUUUGAUUAUUUUUUGUUGAGUAUUAGCUGGGUUUUAGUGGUUUUAGGGUUUUAAAAUUUAUUUUAAGUAAUGGAAGCUGUUAAAGAGGGAGUAAUAAUAAGUAGUAGUGGUUCAGGGUUGACGGUGAAGGGAAAUGAAGCUCCAGAGAGUUAUAGAGUGGCCCCCAUACCUGAUAAUUCUAUCCCUAACCCGAAUCUUAACCCGAAUCUUAACUCCAAUCCCAACUCUAAUCCAAUUUCUAACCCUAACCCUAAUCUUAGUUUUAAUUCUGAUUCUAAUCCAAACCCUAACACUAUUCACUUUGGUGGGCCCCCAGUGACUGUCUCACCGCCGGUUGGUGGGGACUCGACGGGGAAGAAGAAAAGAGGCAGGCCGAGAAAAUAUGCUCAGGAUGGUGCAUUAGUACCGGCAUUGUCGCCGAUGCCAAUAUCGUCGUCUAUUCCGCUUGCCGGAGAUUUUUCUUCCUCUUCUUCUUCUUGGAAACGGGGUAGAGGGCGGCCUUUGGAGUCGGUCAAGAAGCAACACAAAUUUGAAUACGAAAAUACAGGGGAGAGAAUUGCAUACUUUGUCGGCGCAAAUUUCACCCCCCAUGUGCUCACAGUUAAUGCUGGUGAGGAUGUUACAAUGAAGGUCAUGUCCUUUUCUCAGCAAGGAGCUCGUGCUAUCUGUAUUCUUUCUGCAAAUGGUACAAUCUCAAAUGUUACACUUCGCCAACCUACUACAUCUGGUGGUACUUUAACAUAUGAGGGUCGUUUUGAGAUACUUUCUUUGUCUGGAUCUUAUAUGCCAACUGAUAGCGGAGGAACAAAGAGUAGAUCUGGUGGGAUGAGUGUGGCUUUGGCUGGUCCUGAUGGUCGUGUCGUGGGUGGUGGACUUGCCGGUCUACUGAUAGCUGCUGGACCUGUGCAGGUUGUGGUGGGCAGUUUCCUGCAAGGUCACGAGCAGGAGCAGAAACACAAGAACCAGAGGAUUGAACUCCCGCCGGUUGUGAGUCCUGUCAAUAUCGUUUCUCCAGAAGCAAUGAAAGCGGGAUACGGGAGUGUGAAGCCAGUUCUGGUGACAUCUUCUUAUUACCAUGGAGACAAUUCAGCUUCACUUAACUCUAGUCAGGCUUUUAGAAACCCGGCUUCUGACAACAAAACUUCUUCACAUGAAGAUGGAUCUAGAGGUCUUGACCUAUCCAAUUGUGAAAUUUCUAGCUGAUAACAGUUGUCUAGAUUGCUGUUUGUAUCAUCUUGAUCGUUUUAUUGCGGAGACAACAGCAUCGACCUUGUCAAACAUAUUAGGGUUUUAACAUCAUGUGGAUUUUGACCCAGAAGUGUACUCUUUUGUUGUUAGGUUUAGGUAGGACUUCGUUAGAAAGAUUGUGUGCUGUUGUCAUCUUGUUAAUGUAUUUUGUAGUACUUGUGUCCGAAAUCUGAUGCGUCAUUCUUCUGAUC